GAUUUUGCAACGCGGGACAACGAUACUGUGGGCUCAGACAGGUCAAUUGAGACGACCUGCUACGACAAGAAGGAAAGUAACCACAGUCUUAUACCUUACUGCAACGUUUGCAGCUACUUUGUAUCAAAUAGCGGAUCCGAGAUUUUUUACCCUUUACUCUUUGGAAAUGAAGGACGUAUUUACUCCAGAUUAAGAAGGCGACCUAUUUGUGACAUUUAUUCAGUCUCUUUGAAAAGAAAAAAUAGUUUUGCAGCUUUUGCGUCAAACACCGGGAUUUUGAUACCUAAACGAUGGCCGAUAACAAGCAUCCUCACGUUAUUUUCUGCAAUGACUCGCCUAAAAGAGUUUUGGUGUCCGUCAUCAAGACCACCCCGAUUAAACCCAGGAAAGCAGAGGCCAUAACUCCGACAAGCCCCGGGUUCAGCGACUUCAUGGUCUACCCGUGGAAGUGGGGAGAGAACGCCCACAAUGUGACCCUGAGCCCGGGCUCAGGGAGUGGAGCUGCGUCCCCUACCGGGACACAGAUGGCUAGGGAAGCGGACACGGCUCCUUCACCUGAGCAGAUCAAGGACGGUAUCCGCAGAGGCCGGCCACGGGCAGACACAGUCCGAGAGCUGAUAAGUGAGGGGGAGACUUCAUCCAGCCGUAUCCGCUGUAACAUCUGCAACCGAGUAUUUCCCAGAGAGAAGUCUCUCCAGGCCCAUAAGAGGACACACACAGGUGAGAGGCCCUAUCUGUGUGACUACCCAAACUGUGGGAAGGCAUUUGUUCAGAGUGGACAACUGAAGACCCACCAGCGGCUGCACACUGGGGAAAAACCCUUUGUUUGCUCUGAGAAAGGAUGUGGCAAUCGGUUCACGCAUGCUAACCGACACUGCCCCAAGCAUCCCUUCUCCCGUCUGAAGAGGGAGGAACCAAAGGAGGGUCUGGGGAAGGCUCAGUCUGUGGAUAACAAGGCUGUGGCAGAGUGGCUGGCAAAGUACUGGCGAACCCGUGAGCAGCGUGCCCCUACAACCACCAAGGUGAAGCCACAGGGCAAGGCUAGAGCACAGGGAGCGCAGGACCAGGAGCAGCAGGAUCCUAUGGAGUUUCUCCAGUCUGAUGAAGAGAACGGGGAAGAAGAGAUGGCAGAAGAAGAGAAGGGCACCCAGGGAGGAGCAGCCAAGCGCCGCCUCCAGGAGCAACGAGAGCGACUCCACGGUGCUCUGGCGCUCAUUGAGCUGGCUAACAACCUGUCUGCCUGAACACCCAUCCCACUUCCUGUUCCCGGACUCCCAUUCCCUGCCCCUCAUAUCUCCAUCCCAGUCCGCCUUCCUGUUACAUGUGCUGUCGCUAAAAUUCUUCCUUAUGCAGAUCAACAACUAGUUUAGUUUAUUCUAUAAAGUUGUGAAAACAGACUUAAAGGAGCUGAAUUGGCUUGAUCAGUGUUACACAUAGUUAUCUGUUCCCACACACAUUAUCAGGAAGGCACAAGCUAAAGCACCUUAUUCAGCUUCCAUUUUAUCCUUUUAGGCUGCUAUAAUUGUAGAUUUGACAAUAUGAAGAAUGUCUUUCUUUCUUCUGUCUUCUAAAGACAAAGAAAGAAUACCUAUCGUGUUUUGGUUUUGUUUGCACUUUGGUAACAAGUUUUUUUAAGUUUAUUGUGAGUAUAAGAGUGUGUAUGACUGUAUAUAUGGAUUAAGCUCAGAUGGACAGAAUGAUACAGGGUGUGGUCAGCCAUAGGAAAUAUUGAGUUCAACUGUCAGAUGGCCUCUCACCAUGUUCCCAGGUUUCAUCUCUGGUGCUAUAAGCACAACUUCGCUGCCGCUGAUGACAGCAGUGGUAGUAGAAAUGGACUGAGAAAGGUUCAGUUGGUUUUUGCCUCACAGGUACAACUCUAUUUAAAGGGCAAAUGUGGACAAGAGGGAAGUCAGGGAAGCUGGAAAAGUCUGACAUUAUAAGACAUGGGCCAUUUUUAUAUGUGUGAUCAUUGCAACUCUAAUCCACAGGUCUGAUCAGGUACAAGGUUUAAAAAAAAAAAAAAUCCAAACUCUUACAGUUUUAAUACUUGUCUGAAUACAUAAAUGCAACUAUUUGCCCGACAGCAGCAGACAAGUGUAAGUUGAGUUUUCUAAAUACAAUCUACUGGAAUCCACAGUGUUCAAAGCUCCCGAGUACUUUUUAGAGACAUUAAAAUUUUGUGGUUUUCUUCGUAACAAGCGUGCAAAACCAAAAAAGUGUUUCCAACCAGGUGGGAGCUGUUUUACAAUGGGUGUCAGUCACCUUUUAUAUUAAAAGUUGGCAGACUAGCUUUGAUAUCCAGAACAGCAUCAUAGUCGUGGGUGGCAGUUCUUUUUUUUUUUUUUUUUUUUUUUCUUUUUAUCUAAUUUUACAGUUACAAGUCAUUUUUUUUUCCAUGUGUUUGAUUAAAGCAUAAAAAGGAAAUAUUGUAACACAAAAUAUCCCAUGUUUGUAAAACAAAUUUAGGCAUCUCAGUGGUUUUAUGAAGCACUUACAGCCUCCUACCAAGUCUUGGAUUAAGUUUGCAAUGCACUGAAGAUUAGAUUGUCUUGAUCAGAAGAAAUGGCACUUGUUUAUCAUAAAUUGAUGUGUGUAGUGGAUUUUCUUUUUCUUUCUUUUUUUGAAGCAACACUACAUCUCUUAACACUGUACGAAGCUUUUCACAAGUGCCCUGCAUCUAUUUUGGGGAAACCUGCACCAGGAACCCAUCACUCAAGUUAUGAAGUCUGAAUUGGAUUUUUAUUUUUUUUAUUUUAAAAGUAAUGGUGAAACUGGAAGCCAAGUGGAUUUUUGAUAUUAGACCAAAUGAUUUAUUCUACCCAAUUAGAGUAUAUCUGGAAGCAUUUCAACCCUUUGUUUAUAUUUUGGUUGGAGAAGAAUCAAGGCAUUUAAUAUAUAUGUGUAGUGUUAGAAUAACGAGUUGGCACAAUUUACAGAGAGCUUUGAAAUUUACAUUUUUUUAGUGUCAGUUUUGCCCACUGCUAACAUCCUCCAUCAGUUCUCAUAUUUAAGUGUAUAGGGUGAUCCUGCUUGCUUGGUAGAUAAACUACACGUUUCAAAAAGUCAUUUCUCUAGACAGGCUGUCCGCACUGUUCUGCAAUUGUUGAUCUUCAAUAAACAUUCACUGAACCUGA